AUGCAAGCUCGCAAUGACAAUGGCACCUGGGCGAACAAUGAAUGGGGCUGGACCGAAGGUGAUGAAUGGGUCUACACAUUUGAUGUCAUGCAUGAUGUCGAGGGGCUAGCGGCACUUUUUGGUAGCUGGGAGGCUAUGCGCGAUAAACUAGAUGCUCAUUUCAGAGGAGGCCAUAAUAACCAAACAAAUGAGCCCAGCCACCAUGUGCCGUACCUCUAUUCCAUGCUUGGAUACCCCGAUCAUGCCGCAGAGGUGAUUCGAGAGGUUGCUUGGCCGAAUUACAACGCAACCAGCGGUGGACUCGGCGGUAACGAGGAUCUGGGACAAAUGAGUGCUUGGUACAUUUCUUCUACUCUGGGCUUCUACCCAGUCAACCCAGCCAGCGACGAGUACAUCGUCGGGUCGCCUUUCUUUGAGCACGUAUCAAUUCGUUUGCCAGCCGAGGCCGCUACAGGAGGACGGGUGCUGGCUCGGCCAGAGAAAGAGCUGGUGAUCAGCGCACCAGGAGCACCCACGAAGCCAUACGUAAAAGCUCUCAAAAUUGAUGGGAAGAAAAUUUCAAGGCCGGUCAUAACACAUAGCGAUCUUGUCAACGCGACAGAAUUGAUUUUGAGAUGA